UUCUCAGCACAAAGAAUCUCAAUGACUUGAAAUAUACAAUUUGGUCAUAACUACACUUUGCUUAGGGCACAUUUUAUACAGACAUUGUGAUAGACGGGAAAUCUGAGAAGUGCAUUUUACUCAUAUGGACCAGGACAUUGCCCAGCACAUGAGAUUUGUGUCAGCUAGCCUUCCUUGGCUUGAUAAAAGCAUUUAUUAUUAUACCAUUUGGUUGUAACUACAUUGCUCCAAAAAAUUAAGGGAACACUUAAAUCAAACAUACGGUCUCGAUGAACAAAAUACAGUGGGGAGAACAAGUAUUUGAUAGACGGCCAAUAAGGUUCAAGCAGGGAGACUUUUCUACUGAACACAGGUCUAAUCAGAUAGAGAGAGAAGAGGGGACUGCCUCUAAAAUGAGUCUCUCUGGGGUGAGGGAGGAGGGGGCCUCUGCCUCUAAAACAAGUAUUUUUGGGGAACAUGACACCACAGCUAAGAGGGACCAUAUUAAGGGACCAGCAUCUAUUGUACCCAGCUGUGUGUCCAUGAAGAGUGACCGGUCUAUGGGUCAACCUAUAGGGUUCAGUGAGGGAGACUUCUCUACUGCUCAAAGGGACCAUAUAAAGGGACCAGCAUCUCCUGUACCCAGCUGUGUGUCCAUGAAGAGUGACCAGUCUAUGAAUCAUCCUAUACUAUUCAGAGAGGGAGACUUCUCUACUGAUCAAAGAGACCAACAGGAGAGAUCAGAGUCUGAGAUUCUCAGUGGUCAAUCUGUCCAGAGUCAUCAAACAGACCUGUCCUCUAUAUUCAGUUUACUUGAACACAAUAUCAUGAUAUUUGUGAAGAAAGAGUUAAAUAGGUUUAAGACGAUGCUGAGUUCAGAUCUCCCAGAAGGAUUUAAGAGUCAGAGGGAGGAUGAGGAAGGUGUGGACCCUGAAGAUGAGAAGCAGGAGAGCAGUGCCAAAGAGGGAGCUCUGAAGAUCACACUGCAUGUCCUGAGGAACAUGAACCAGAAGGAUCUUGCUGACACACUGGAGAAAAAUAAGCUUGCUGUGAUUUGCCAACAUGAUCUCAAAUCUAACCUGAAGAAGAAGUGUCAGUGCUUAUUUGAGGGUAUCGCUAAACAAGGGAAUCCAACACUUCUCAAUAAGAUCUACACAGAGCUCUACAUCACAGAGGGUGGAAGUGGAGGAGUCAAUAAUGAACAUGAGGUGAGACAGAUUGAGAUAACAACCAGGAAACAAACAAGACCAGAGACAGAAAUCAAAUGUAAUGACAUCUUCAAACCCACACCUGGACAAGACAAACCUAUCAGAACUGUGCUGACAAAGGGUGUUGCUGGAAUUGGAAAAACAGUUUCUGUGCAGAAGUUCAUUCUGGACUGGGCUGAAGGAAAAGCCAAUCAGAAAGUCCAAUUUGUAUUUCCCCUCCCUUUCAGGGAGCUUAAUUUGAUGAAGGGGGAAGAACUCAGUUUGAUUCAACUCAUCAAUCAUUUCUCAAUUGAAACCAGAAAAGCAAGAAUCUCUAACUACAACAAAUAUAAAGUUUUAUUCAUCUUUGAUGGUCUGGAUGAGUGCCGACUGCCCCUUGACUUCCAGAACAACAAGAGCUGUUGUGAUGUGACAGAGUCAACCUCAGUGGAUGUGCUGCUGACAAACCUCAUCAAGGGAAAUCUGCUUCCCUCUGCUCUCGUCUGGAUUACUACCAGACCUGCAGCAGCCAAUCAGAUCCCUUCAAGGUGUGUUGACCUGGUGACAGAGGUGAGAGGGUUCAAUGACCCACAGAAAGAGGAGUACUUCAGGAAGAGAUUCAGUGAUGAGGACCUGGCCAGCAGAAUCAUCUCACACAUAAAGACAUCAAGGAGCCUCCACAUCAUGUGUCACAUACCAGUCUUCUGUUGGAUCGUUGCUACAAUCCUUGAGCACAUGUUGACCACAGAUGAUAAAGUAGAGCUGCCCAAGACCCUAACAGACAUGUACUCACACUUCCUUGUGUUUCAGUCCACACACAGGAAUGUAAAGUAUGAUGGGAAAAAAGAGACAGAUCCACACUGGAAUAAAGAGAGCAUUCUGACACUGGGAAAACUGGCUUUUCAACAGCUACAGAAAGGCAAUCUGAUUUUCUAUGAAGAAGACCUGAAAGAGUGUGGCAUUGAUAUCAAUGAAGCAUCAGUGUACUCAGGAGUCUGUACACAGAUCUUCAAAGAGGAAUGUGGGCUGAACCAGGACAAGGUGUUCUGCUUUGUCCAUCUAAGUAUUCAGGAGUUUCUAGCUGCUGUCUAUGUUUUUCUCUCAUUCAAAAACAACAAUAAGAAUCUAAUGGAUGAAAAACAAUCAACCGAUGGGAACUUUUUCUUGCAGUUCAGAGACCAAGUAACAUUUUACAAGACUGCUGUGGAUAAAGCCUUCCAGAGUAAGAAUGGACACCAGGACCUUUUCCUCCGCUUCCUUCUGGGUCUCUCACUUGAGUCAAAUCAGAAGCAUUUACGAGGUCUACUGAGAAAGACCAGAAGCAGCUCACAGAGCCAUAAAGAAAUAGUGAAGUACAUCAAGAAGAAGAUCAGGGAGAAUUCCUCUUCAGAGAGGUGUAUCAAUCUGUUCCACUGUCUGAAUGAACUGAAUGACCAUUCUCUAGUGGAGGAGAUCCAAAGAUACCUGAGUUUGGGACGUCUCUCCAGAGAAGAACUGUCUCCUGCACAGUGGUCAGCUCUGAUCUUUGUGUUACUGACUUCAGAAGAGGAGAUUGAUGUAUUUGACCUGAAGAAAUACUCCAGAUCCGAGAAAUGUCUUCUGGGGUUGUUGCCAGUGAUCAAAACCUGCAGAACUGCUCUGCUGUCAGGUUGUAGAAUCACAAAGGAAGGCUGUGCUUCUCUGGUCUCAGCUCUGAAGUCAAACCCCUCACACCUGAAAGAACUGGAUCUGAGUAACAAUCAGGCAGAGGAUUCUGGAGUGAAGAAACUCUCUGCUUUGAUGGAGGAUCCACAAUGUAGACUGGAGACUCUGAGACUGUCAGGUUGUGGAAUCACAAAGAAAGGCUGUGCUUCUCUGGUCUCUGCUCUGAAGUCAAACCCCUCACACCUGAAAGAACUGGAUCUGAGUAACAAUCAGCCAGAGGAUUCAGGAGUGAUUGAACUCUCUGCUUUUAUGAAGGAUCCACAAUGUAGACUGGAGACUCUGAGACUGUCAGGUUGUGGAAUCACUGAGAAAGGCUGUGCUUCUCUGGUCUCAGCUCUGAAGUCAAACCCCUCACACCUGAAAGAACUGGAUCUGAGUAACAAUCAGCCAGAGGAUUCAGGAGUGAAGAAACUCUCUGCUUUGAUGGAGGAUCCACAAUGUAGACUGGAGACUCUGAGACUGUCAGGUUGUGGAAUCACAAAGAAAGGCUGUGCUUCUCUGGUCUUUGCUCUGAAGUCAAACCCCUCACACCUGAAAGAACUGGAUCUGAGUGACAAUGACCUGAAGGAUACGGGAGUGGAGAAGCUCUCUGUUCUGCUGAAGGACCCACAAUGUAGACUGGAGACUCUGAGGCUGUCAGGCUGUCUGGUCACAAAGGAAGGCUGUGCUUCUCUGGUCUCAGCUCUGAUGUCAAACCCCUCACAUCUGAAAGAGCUGGAUCUGAACUACAAUCAGCCAGGAGACUUGGGAGUCAGACUGCUCUCUGCUGGACUGGAGGAUCCACACUGGAGACUGGAGAAACUCAAUAUGGAUCAUGGUGGAGAGUGGAGGUUGAAAUCAGGACUGAAGAAAUAUGUCUGUGAUCUCACACUGGACCCAAACACAAUAAACAGACUCCUCUCUCUGUCUGAGGAGAACAGAACGGUGACAUGGAGGAGAGAGAAGCAGCCGUAUCCUGAUCACCCAGAGAGAUUUGACUACUGGUCACAGGUGUUGUGUAGAGAGGGUCUGUCUGGACGCUGUUACUGGGAGGUAGAGUGGAGUGGGAGAGGGGCUGGGAUAGGAGUGACAUAUAAAGGAAUCAACAGGAGAGGAUAUGGUGAUGACUGUUGUCUUGGACACAAUGACAAGUCCUGGAGUCUGGCCUGUUAUGAUGACCGUUACUCUGUCUGGCACAGUAAGAAGACAACUGACAUACCUGUCACCUCCUCAGACUCCCACAGAGUAGGAGUGUAUCUGGACUGGCCAGCCGGCACUCUGUCCUUCUACUGGGUCUCCUCUGACACACUGACCCACCUGUACACAUUCAACACCACAUUCACUGAGCCCCUCUAUCCAGGGUUUAGGGUUUAUUAUUCUGACUCCUCAGUGUCU